CAUACACACACACACACAUACACACACACACACACUCACACACACACAGACGCGCAUAUACAGAACAUGGAAUCGUCCAUUAAGCUUAAGGAGAGCAACAACUCAAACGGUAACCAAAAUCAAAGUCUCAAUCACAAUCAAAUGUGCAAUGGCAACAGCAACAGCAGCAGUCACAGCAACAGCACCACCAACACCACCAACAACAGCAACAACAGCAGCAGCAGCAUCAUCACCAGCAACGCCGUGGCUGUUAGCAUUUGCAGCAGCGAUAGCUUUAGCAGCAUGAUGCCACCAACGCAGCCGGGAACACAGCGUGAUCAUGAGUUGGUCAGUGCCAAUAGCAUUGAAUUGAAUGCGGCCGCAUCGCUGAGCGAUGACAGUGGCGUUCCACUUACCACCAACAGCUCCAUAUCCAGCGGUGAUUCCUAUCGGAUUGGCAUGUGCAAGUUUGAGAUUGAGAUGGUGGAGAGCGAUGGCGAGGUGUCGCAAUUUGAUUCACUGGAUAAUUGCUCGGAGGGCGGCAUGAGUGCGGAGAAUUUUAAUACGUUAAAAAAGGGGCCACUGGCACCGAUUGAUCCGCCACCGGAAUUCCAGGACUCGCCCCAAACAACACUUGUGCGCUCCAUUUCGAAAAAUAUUGUAAACAGUCUGCGUCGCUGGACCUCAUCGCAGUCAUCGUUCGAGCAUCUCAAGGAUGAUGUGACCAUGGUUAGUGCGGCUGUUGCGAGCGGCACAGCCAAUCAGGAGCUGGUCCUGCUGCUCGCCAAACCAAUGGUGGUGGAGACGCACAGCAAAUUGUUGGGCAGCGGCGAUGCAACGGCUGCUGUAACCGCUGCCGCUGCUCUCGUUGUCAGCCAACACAACAGCACACAUGCGGAGCAUCAGGAGCGCACGCUCAAGGAUUCGUAUGCAAUCAAUAAGCAUCUGUAUUCCAGUGAUUCCAUAUUAAACAGUCAUACGGACAACAUAUAUGAUGAGCCCAAUAAUAUUAUCAGCAGCUCGCUGGGCAACAGCAUCGAUCUGCUCGAUGAGGACGAUGACGACGAUGACAACGACAACGAUGAUGAUGAUGAUGAUGAUGAUGAUGAUGAAGAUGAUGAGGCGCCGUCAGAGCCGAGCAGCUGUUCGCCAUCGCUGCCAUCGCCACCGCCGCCCGUCUCAAUAAUCAAAAUCAAGCAAACACUAUGUCCCUAUUAUCACGAUCAUACGCGCUACUUUAAGGCAAUACCCACGGAACAGGAUAGCAUUGCCAGCGCCAAGGCGGCAGCGGCACAGCAGCGCUUCAACAGUGCCGGUCUCUCCGAGAUACACGACUAUGAUUUGUACUAUGGUGCACGGAGCAGACAGCCAGCAAUGCAAUCGACGCAGACGCAGCAGCAGCUGCCACAGCAGCAGCAACAGCAGCAGCAACAGCAAUCGUCACAGGAUAACAGCAGUUUGCAGCGACGUCAAUUGUUGUAUAGCCCAUUGGGACAUACCAGCCACUGUCAUUAUCAUCAUGCGCACCAUGCAUCGCACUAUCAUCAUCCACACCAUCAUCAUCAUCAUAAUCAUAAUCAUCAUCAUAGUCAUCAUCCUCCUCCACAUCAGCACCAUCAGCAUUAUCAGCACGGUCAGCGUCCCAAUUCGCGCAACUCGCUAAACAGUCGUCUGAGCAGCUCGCACAACUCGCUGAACGUCUCGUCGGCCAAUAAGCCGGAUGAUUCGAUAUUCAUCACUCAGGCGAUGUCGCAUGAUGCGCUCUUCACACGAGAAAUCUCCGAUUUCUACAAUGUGCCCAUCGAUUCGGAUAUUUAUGCAUUUCCCGUCGACAUGAUCGAACAGCAACUGGAGAAGCAACAACAGCUGGAGCAACAGCAGCAGCAGCAGCAGCAACUGGAGAAGCAACAGCAACAGCAGCAGCUGCUCGAGAAGCAACAGCAAACGGAUGUGUCCAGCAAGCAGACUGCAACGUCAUAUCACAAGGCAGCCAGCAGCAGACGGAAUAAACGCAAUAAGCGUAAACAGCGCUAUGCAGCGGGCGCUGCAGCAGCGGAAACCAGCGACGAUGGGGGCGAUAAGGCGAGUGGCAAGCAUGGCAAAUAUCGGACGCCGGUGGUCCACAGUGGCGAAGCGGAACCGUUGCAUAUGACGCUCGACGAAGUGAAGCAAUUCUAUCACACGCUCUACUCCGAUGCCGGCAAGACGUCGUGGAGCAGCGGCGCCAACAAAUUGCUUGCAACAACAACAGCAACAACAAUAACAACAUCAGCAGCGACAGCAGCAACAAGCAUCGCCUCGGCACCAAAAGCUUUGGGCGUCAAAUCGAGCAAUGAGACAAUUUGGAGCGUCUCGACAAAUACCACCAAUACAACAAAUACAACAAACACAACAAAUACAACAACAACAACGGCAAGGACGCGCAGCAGUACGCGAGCAAGUGGCUAUGGUGCUGGCGUUGGUGGGGAUAGCGCCUCAAAAUAUCUGAGCAAACAAAACAAACACAAUAUCGACAAUGAUAAGCUUAACAAUAAUAACAACAAUAACAUCAACAACAUCAACAAUGCCAGCAACUAUGCACAGCAACAGCAACAACAACAGCAGCCAGCUGCAACAUCAGCGGGAUCAGGGCAAGGCUCUGGAGCAGCCACCUCAUCGGACAAGUUGCUGCCGGAGCAACACCAACAACAGCAGCAGCAACAGCUGCAGCUGCAACCGCCAAACAACAAGCAACUGCUGCAAACGGAAAAGAAGUCACAAUUCUCGCUAAAUCUCAAGCAAAAGUUCUGCAGCAUUUUUCGCUUUCGUCGCAGCAACAAUCACAGCAAUCGCUGUCGUAGUAAUGCGCAAGCGGCAACAGCAGCAGCUGUCACUGCAGCGGCGGCGUCGGCUGCCACCAAUGCCAAUACCAAUGUCAAUGGCAAUGCUGUAACGGCAACAACAACAGCAGCCAGUUGUGCGGUGAAUGCUGCAACGGAUGUGGAGGAGGUGAUGAACAAUUGUCUCAAUCGUAUCGAGCCGAGUGCCGAUCUGCGUAAGAAAUUUCAAUCUCGAGCGUUGCCGCCAUUGCCAAAAAAGGCUUAUGCCAUUGAUGCCGCCGAAACGGAGCCGGAGCAGGAGCAGAAGAAGAGUGCCGCAGCUCAAGAGCCUCGUGCGCUGCAGUUUACCUCAAGCAUUGAGAAAGUCAAAGACUAUGGCUGGUAUUGGGGCCCCCUGUCCAGCGAGGCAGCCGAGAAGGUGCUCUCCAAUGAGCCGGAUGGCUCGUUUAUAGUGCGCGACAGCUCCGAUGAUCAUUAUAUAUUCUCGUUGAGCUUCAAGCUAAACAACUGCGUGCGUCACGUACGCAUCGAACAGGAUCAGGGCACAUUCUCGUUUGGCUCGUAUGCCAAGUUCAAAUCCCAAACUAUAACCGAGUUCAUUGAGAAGGCAGUCGAGCAUUCACGCAGCGGCAGAUAUUUGUUCUUUCUGCAUCGUCGGCCGGAACAUGGACCAAUGCGAGUGCAAUUAACCAAUCCAGUAUCUAGAUUUAAGCAUGUACAAAGCUUGCAGCAUAUGUGCAGAUUUGUUAUACUAAAGGCGGUUAUACGAAAGGAUCUAAUACAGACAUUGCCAUUACCAAGAAGACUUCUAGACUAUCUUAACUAUAAGCAUUGCUACUCCGAGCAGGUGGAGAGCGACAGUUCGCAUUCGCAGAUAUCCGGCGAAGGUUCGAUGUAAAAUUUUUGGGAAGGUAAAUGACGACGAAGAAAAUUGAAUGAAAUGAAAACGAAAGCGAAAGCAACAGAAAUUAUUACAUUAUAUAAGUAGUAGAAUUUAAAAAAUCAAAAAAUAAGCAAAGCAAGAGCCAAGGCAUUUAAAAACGUUAUAAAAAGAAGUGAACAAGUGCAAAAACGAAAAAUGAGAAAAAAGAACAAACACAAAACAAACAUAAAUGCAAAUUGUUGAUAAGAGAAAGAAAAAAAUAAGAAGACAUUAAAAAAAACUCUGUUUAUUGAUCAUUUUUUGUACUCGGUGCUAUACUAUAAAUAUAAACUAAUUAAUGAAAUGUAAAAGCAAAACAAAACAAAA